UUUUAGAAAAUGAUAUAUUAUAGAGAUGCUAGAUUUUAAAACAUGCCUGACUCAAAUGGAACAUUUUUUCUUAACAUGGAAAAUGGAUCAACAUUAAAAAUGAACGGUAUGGUUCACAAUAACCACACAUUCAGGAAUGGCCCUGAAAAUAUCAAGGCAUUAAGUAAUUCAAAAAUGUCUUUGCAAUCCCUACGAUCUAAUGCAUCGUCUGCUGCUUCCAUGGGGAAAGUACAGAUGAAUGGUUAUGCUUCCACUCAAUCUUUAGCUGAGCAUGAAGAACGAGUCAUCUACAUUGUAAUGGAGCCGUCUGAUCGCAGGUUUGGUUUUUCGGUUAUGGGUGGCUUAGAUGAGGGAUUUCCUCCCAAAAUUGAUAACAUUGCUCCAGGGUCACCAGCUGAAAGAGCUGGUCUGAAUCUAGAUGAUGAAAUAAUUGAAGUGAAUGGUUUAAAGGUUGAAGCUGUGACUCAUACUGAAAUUAUAAUUCAAAUUCAUAAAUGCAAAAAAGACAUAACGUUAAAAAUACGACGAUAUUUGAACUUGUCAGAAAAUGACCAACACAGAAAUAACAAUAAUGUUUAUAACAUGGUACAAGGAGAAACGUCAGUUAUAGAUGGAAAGUAUCUUCCUCGGAAUGGAUCUGUGAGAAGUUCCGUUAAUAGAGAGAGUAAUGUUCCUUCGAAGUUUGAUAACUUUGCCUUCCAAAGAGAUGAUGACGACGAUGCAGAAUACAGCAUGGACUGUGCUAAUGUAGAAAUGGACGAACAACCGAAAAGUCUUGCUUUUUCACAGUUUGUGGCCAUGUUGGGGACGAUGAAACAGAAAAUGAAGACUCAAAGACAACAAGAGCAUUUAAACUAUCUUCGUAAUCUCCUCAACAAAAAACAUUUCCAAUCAGCUAUAAAGAUGCACAAUCGCAUGACAAAGAUACAAGUUGUAAAAAAGAAUGCUUGUAAACCUGUUGUAAUCAAUUCAAAAUUCUUGUUGUCGGAGGUUCAGCAUCUUCUGAUGGAGUCAAGCGACAACACUUCAACAUCACUACUUGCUAUUACAAACAAAACAGAAUUCAAGGAGUUAUUAAAUGCGCACGACCAUAUAGCCAGCAGAGAAUCGUUGUAUUACUUGACAGAUUCUGAUUCUGACAGCGAAUCAACAAUAGAAGGCUCUCAACGUGUUAAAUUUGUAAGAAUCGACAAAACCAACGAUCCUCUUGGUGCUACUGUUCGUAACGAAGGAGAUGCUGUUAUCAUAAGUCGUAUUAUUAAGGGUGGUGCUGCAGAGAAAAGUGGUCUGUUGAACGUUGGUGAUGAAAUCAUCGAGAUCAAUAAGCAUUCCGUGCGUGGGAAAGAUGUCAACGAAAUAGUUGAACUUUUAUCCGAACUGGAGGGAACGCUAGACUUUACCCUUCUACCCGGCUCGCCAACACAUAAAGAAACUCUUCACGAAGAUGAUAUUAGUGUUGUCAAAGCUUUGUAUGACUAUGACCCUCAAAAUGACGAUUAUCUUCCCUGUGAAGAAUUAGGCUUAAGUUUUCGAAAAGGUGAUUUGAUAGAAAUAUUAAACAAGAACGAUGAAGACUGGUGGCAGGCUCAAUUUCUUGAACAAGAACAACGAGGACUAGCUGGAUUGAUACCCAGUAAAAAAUUUCAGUUACAACGAGAGCUUGCGAAAAUUUCGUUAAAAGGCGAAGAUCUAGAGCCAAUCUUAAAAGAAAAAAAGAAAUGUUUUUGUGGACGCGCCCGAAGGAAGGGAAAGAAAGUCCCAAUGAAGUCAAUGAUGUCGCCUGUUCAAGAAUCCGAGGUGCUGACAUAUGAAGAUAUGAUGAGAAUUUAUCCUGAACAUAAUAAAAAACGUCCUGUAGUUCUCAUAGGUCCUCCUCAAAUUGGAAGGAGAGAAAUACGGGAGAAAUUAAUUGGCCGCUUCCCAGAUAGAUUCGCUGCGGCCGUCCCCCAUACGACUCGCGCACCCACCAGUGAUGAAGUAUCUAGUGUCGACUAUACGUUCGUAAAUAGAGCAACAUUUGAAAAAUCAAUAGCCGCCGCAGAGUUUAUCGAACACGGUUUAUUUGAUGGGCAUUACUACGGUACAAGUUUCAGCGCUGUGCGGAGUGUUAUACAGAGUGGUCGAACAUGUUUACUAAACAUGCACUGUCAAGCUUUACCAGUGUUAAAAAGUUCCAAUCUCCUACCUUAUGUUGUGUUUAUCACUGUACCGCGAGUGGACCAACUGAAACGCUUAAGAGAAUUCGAUGACACGGGAGAACCUUUUAACCCAAAUAUAAGACUGAAGGAUAAAGAGUUAGACGAUGUUAUAGAGAAAGCACGUGACAUGAAUCGGAAAUAUGGACACUACUUCGACAGAACAAUAGUAAAUAGUGACCUCGAUCGAGCCUAUAACGAAUUAUUAGAAAUUUGUGAUUUCCUGGAAACGCAGCCUCAGUGGGUACCUUCUUCGUGGGUGCGCUAACCCUCUUCGUGGGUGAGCUAACCAUCACUGAGCCUUCUUUGUGGGUACGCUAAUAGUCACUGAAGUAGAUCACACGUGGAUGGUUUUUGUGGCCGAAAGGACGAAAUGCGUCUGGUAAUAGAGCACGCCUUCAGUUUUGUAGAAGAAAAAAAAUACCGCUGUUGGUGUAUAUUACUGUUUAUAAGUGGGAGCAUGUGUAGAUGUGUAGUUCAUAGAUUUUGUUCGAUGCCCGAACCAAGAGUUUUAUAUAUUUUACCGAACUAUUUGUUAUAUUUUGCCGAACCUUUGUUAUAUUUUGCCGAACCAUUUAUAACAAAUCACUGUUCGCAUAAACAUAACGUAUUUUAUAAUUGUGUACAAGAAACGCAAUUUAAAAUUUUUCAUGUGUUUGCCACUAAACAGGAUUCGUUCCAUUUUAAUUAGAUGAUCAUUGUGUGCUUUAUUGUAAAGCACACGUUGCCAUGAUACAAUUGACACAUGCGGAAAUCUAUUUUACUCAUGACCAUAAAAUCUGGUGACUAAUUACGUUAGUUAAAUAGUAAUUAGUAGAGUUAAAUUCUCGAUUGACUUUUUAAUAAUGUUCCGUCAUGCUUCUAACAUUUAGCGGAUAUUUGAUUUUAAGAUAACAUGGAUCUUAAGCAUUUUUGAAGUAUCUAAUUUUAGCGCAAAGGCGAAUUUAUACCUACCGUUCAUUGUUCGACCUAUUUUUUGACUAUUUCAUUUCGCGAAAUUUCACACCCAAAAAAUUUAUUACCCCUGACGUCAUGUAAAAUGUGAUGUGAAGACGUCAUAACACAUUCUAUCCAUUCAUAUAUUAUUUUUAUAUUUUGUCAUAAUUUAUAUUUGUGAUAAUUGUAUUUACUUGUUUUUUGUUUACGAAAUGUUAUGUUAUGUUUUUUUGCUUGCUUGUUUGUUUGUUUGCUUGUUUGUUUGUUUGUUCAUAUGAUUUUACCGUGAAUAGUGUACAUUAUAAUUCAUGUCAUUUUAACACGGCAUCAUCGAAGAUAAAGAGUUCUUCUGUAGAAGCAAACACCAUCUUACGUGUAACAAAAUGGUCUUUCAGUUUUUGGGCACCCCUUUUUUUGUUUUGAAAAUAUUUUAGCAAUCUAUCAAAACCAAAAGGUUUGUAGAUUUACGGGUCGUAUUAGUUACUGUGUAAUCUUGUGUUUCGCCAUUACGAAUCUGGCGGUGUCAUAUACGGAGUGUGGUAAGCUUUGUAGUAUACGUAUGAUUUUACGAUUUUAUAUCUUGUUAUUUUACUUCCAAAUUAUGAUAAAAAGAUUUUUCUGCGAAAAGUUUCAUGUUGUGCAACCACAAGAAUAACUAAAAUAAUAAUGGUCUAAGAAAAACAAUAACUUCUCUUCUUACACUGUCAUUGCGUUAAAUGUUUGGAUAAUCGAGGCUUCACCUAAAUGUUUGACUGGUAAAGGUUUUAUCUAAAUGUUUGGACAAGCGAGGUUGUGUCCAAUUUUUUGGGUAAUCGAGGUUUUGUCGUAAUGUUUAGGUAAGCGAGUGUGUACCCAGUCGUUUGGAUCAUUGAGGCUAUAUCUAAAUGUUUUGAUAAUUGAGGCUUCGUCUAAAUGUUUGGAUAAGCGAUUUUGUAUCCAAUUGUUUUGGAUAAUUGAGACUUCAUCUAAAUGUUUGGAUAAUUGUGUAAAAUAUGUAUUUAUUUAUCUCGCUUUUUUUUCUUUUUUUAUGAAUAUGAAAUAUAUGGAAAUAUUAUUACUAUUUUAAAAUAAAAAACGAAUUUGAA